CCGCGCCGCCGCAAAACCCUAAACCCCCUGCGCCGCCGCAGAUGGCGGACCUCUACGACGACGGCGUCCCGGCGUCGCUCAUCUUCAGGCGGGGCUACUCCUACACCUACAACGACCUCAUCCUCCACCCGGGCCUCAUCAACUUCCCCGCCGACGCCGUCGACCUCUCCACCCGCCUCUCCCGCAACAUCCACCUCGCCGUCCCCUGCGUCGCCUCCCCGAUGGACACCGUCUCCGAGGCCGCCAUGGCCGUCGCCAUGGCGGCCCUCGGCGCCGUUGCCGUCGUCCACUGCAACACCGAGGCGCACAUCCAGGCCGCCAUCGUCCGCGCCGCCAAGGCCCGCCGCCUCCCCUUCGUCUCCUCCGUGCCCAUCUUCUCCCUCGCGUCCGCCCCAUCCCUCGCCGACUUCGCGGGCCACGACUACGCGCUCGUCACCGAGGCCGGGGACUCGCUCUCCAAGCUCGUCGGCGUCGCCGUCGCCGCCGACGCCGCCAAUCCAACCGCCCAACUAUCCGACUACAUGCGCCCUGCCCCGCGCUCCGCCUCGUCAUCCUUCGAUUUCGAGCAGGCCGCGGCCUUCCUCGCCGACGAAAAUCUCGACUACGCCCCUCUCCUCUCCGAGGAGGGCGAGGCAAUCGACCUCAUCACCUCCAAGGACGUCGAGCGCAUCCGGACCUACCCCAAGCUAGGCAAGCCGUCUCUCGGCGCAGACGGGAAGUUCAUAGUCGCAGCCUCGAUUGGAACCCGCGAGGAUGACAAGCGGAGGCUGGAGCAGCUGGUUCAGGCGGGAGCCAACGCUAUCGUCAUUGAUAGCUCGCAGGGGAACUCCACCUACCAGAUUGACAUGAUCAAGCAUGCCAAGAAGAUGUUUUCACAGGUCGAUGUGAUUGGAGGCAACGUGGUGACGAUUGCGCAGGCGCAGAAUUUGAUUGCUUCUGGAGUUGAUGGACUGCGUGUUGGAAUGGGAUCUGGAUCUAUCUGCACCACCCAGGAGGUCUGUGCUGUGGGCAGAGGACAGGCCACUGCAGUGUACAAGGUUGCAUCGUAUGCCAAUGAUCAGAAUGUGCCAGUUAUUGCUGAUGGUGGAAUUUCAUUCUCCGGGCAUAUUGUGAAGGCUUUGGCACUGGGGGCGUCAACUGUGAUGAUGGGCAGUUUCUUGGCUGGCAGCCAUGAAGCUCCCGGGGCCUACGAAUACAAGGACGGCCACCGAGUAAAAAAAUACAGAGGCAUGGGCUCACUUGAAGCCAUGACAAAGGGGAGCGAUGCAAGGUACCUUGGUGAUACUCUGAAGCUUAAAGUUGCCCAGGGAGUCGUUGGGACUGUUGCUGACAAAGGUUCUGUGCUGAGAUUGAUUCCGUAUACUAUGCAAGCUGUUAAGCAAGGAUUCCAAGAUCUUGGGGCAUCCUCUUUGCAGUCAGCUCACGAUCUUUUACGAGCGGAUGCUCUUAGAAUGGAGGUAAGGACAGGAGCUGCUCAAGUCGAGGGAGGGAUCCAUGGACUAAUGUCAUAUGAGAAGAAACCAUUCUAGUUCCUCCUGUCCGUUUACCAUUGCAAUGGUUGUAACAUGGGCAUCAUUCUCUAUCUGCCAUUACAGUGGUUGAGACAUUGGGCAUCAUUCUCUGUACCAUUACAACAAUGUGUGAUUGAACCAAUAAAACAGUGCUUUUUCGGUUUGC